AUGGACGCCGCCAACGCGGCCAUGGUGAAGACGGAAGACGCCGACGGCGCACACGGCGCACACGGCGCACACGGCACACUCGGCGCGCAGGGCAGCCGGAUUGCGCACACGCUGACGGCAUGCUGCCGGUGCAGGACGCGCAAGACUCGAUGCGACCCCGGCCUCCCUCGAUGCGGCCCCUGCGAGCGCACCAACUCCCACUGCGAGUACUACGACCCCACAAAGGCCCGCAAGAUCCCCCGCAACUACGUCGUCCACCUGCAGCACCGCGUCCGCGACCUCGAGAAGCAGCUGGCCCUCCUCGACCGCGACGACGUCGAGCCCGAUGCCGAGGACGUCAUGCGCGGCGCCGCCGCCGUCCGCGUCCAGGACACGGACGAGUCCAAGUUCCUCGGGCCCUCGAGCGGCAUCACCAUCACCCGCCUGGUCAUGCAGCUGGCCAAGCAGUUCACAGAGUCCCACACCAUCUCCGAGAUUGUGCCCCACGCCCGCCAAAAGUCCAUCAAGGCCACCUUUGACCAGGAGGACGAGCGCCCCACCUCCAAGGUCUACCCCUUGGUCAGUGAUGUCGCCGCCGAGGAGCUGCCCAACCGCGACCUCACCAACCUGCUCGUCGAGCUGUUCUACUGCAAAGUCCACCCCAUGUACCCCAUCUUCCACGAGCCCACCUUCACCCAGGAUGUCCAGGACGUCUACAACGGCUCCACCGACCCCUACCAGAACUACUGCCUCCGCAUGGUCAUCGCAAUCAGCCUGCAGAAAAUGGACACCCACUACGCCGGUCUCGCCGACAGCUACUACCUCGCCGCCCUCAAGUACUUCGAGGCUGCCAUCAAGCCCAUGAACCUCAAGACGCUGCAAUGCUUUGGCCUGGUCGCCGGAUAUUCUCUGCUCACCCCCACGAGAACCGCCGUCUACUACAUCAUCGGCCUCGGCAUGCGUCUCUGCCAAGCGCUGGGGCUGCACGAGGAGAAGACGGUCACCCGCGGUCCCGGCGGCCGGCCCGCCGACCCGCUCGAGGUCGACAUGCGUCGCCGCCUGUUCUGGAGCUUGCUCACCAUGGACUAUGGCCUCUCGCACAGCCUGGGAAGACCAGCCCACUUUGCUGCCAGACGCGAACACAUCGACGUCAACUUUGCCGAGCUCGUCGACGACGUAUACAUCUCCAGGGAGCGCAUCAGCCCUGCCCCACAGGCCUCGCUCAAGAAAUGGAUCGGUAUCCACUUCUACAAGAUGCGGCUCUUGCAGCUGGAAAUCCGCAAGAAACUAUACCAACGAAAGACAGACGAGCCGCAAGAUGACCAGCACCCCUGGUUUGCAGAGAUGCAGAACAAGAUCGAGGCCUGGCGAGACACAAGCCCCGACAUGGACGGCGGAUCCGGCCUGAACAAAGUCUGGUUCAUCGGGCGAUACAACACCAUGGUAGUAUUCAUCUAUCGACCCUCACCCCAGGUACCCAGGCCCUCGCUGCAAGCUGCCCUACGCUGUUACGAUGCCUGUCAGUACAACAUUCACAUGAGCAAGAGGCAGAUCGACAUGAAGCUGGUCGAUGUCACCUGGAUCUUCGUGCAGUCCAUCUUCAUGUGCAUCAACACCAUGCUCUGGACCUUGUCCUACGAGAAGGUGCGUCGUUUGCACAGCCGAGAGGAGGUAGAGGGUCAUCUGAGCGUGGCCAUGGAGUCGAUCAAACUCGCCUCGGACAGGUGGCCUGGUGUCGCGUCGGCCAUGGAACUGUACCACAACCUCAUCGAGGCCUGCAUGGAGAUCUUCAACAAGGACGGCGAUGUGCCCAUCACGGCCAACUCGCCGUCAGACUGCGCCUCGGUCGUCUCAGGUAGCAUUGUGGAUGGCAUCAACAGAUCUCGGACAACGAGCCCUGCGACAGCGUCCACCGCAUCGGAACAGCAGCAGCUAUUCGGCCACGAACAUGUGCGAGCCAACUCGUCCCACUUGGCAACCUCACCAUCAAGCCAGCACGCAUCCUUGCACCCACCUCAGCAGACUCCACACUAUGCAGACCCUAGCCCCAAGACAUCGAUGGACGCCAGCGUUCCCAUCUUCAGCUACCCACCUACCACGCAAUUCUCGUCCCUCCCAACGACAUUCGCCGAGCUGCCGCAAUGGAACCCAACCUUCUCCAUCUCCCAGCAAGACCCAUACAACACGGCGACUAUGCCCCUUACUUCGCCGCUCUACAAUGAGUACUAUGCUGCGAACCAAGGGUACCAGAUGGCCGACUACCUCAACCCAGGCUGGAGUCAGGAGGCGAGAGCGAACGGCCUGAAUCAGCAGCAACAGAUGCAGCUCAUGCACGACUUCGAGAUGAACGAAACGAGCAAGAUCGAGGAGAUGAUCCACCAAAGCCACCAGCUCUUCCUACCGCCGCAAUUACAGACGUUCUGA